ACUGCGGUUGGACAUCGUAAUAGACGCAAACGCGGAAGCGACUGCUUCCACUGGUGUUUUGUACACAGUGCAUGUGUAUGUCGUGCUUGACAAUCGGAAUCGUAAGUUCAUUUGUGUCCGGAUUUGACCGCUCUUGAGACGCAUGCAGACCGGGGUGCCAUGAUUCCUAUAGCGGUGGUGGUGUGUGUGAUGGGCGGGUGGUGUACCGUGUACUUGGCGGACACGCUGCUGCGGUCGUCCAGUUCGGUGAAGAACCGCUAUGAAUCCUGGUUAUCCUCGAAUGGAUUCACUCUCUCUCCGUUCCAUAUUAAAUGGCACACCGGCAUCUUCAACCGUCUUUUUGCCAGAUGUGCUAAUCUCAACCCUCACUUUCUCUACAUCUGGUUCAGUGCCGGAAUGGUGUUCGGGGUUCUGGCGAUGUUUGGGUCUGUGGUUCUCCUGAGCAAAACAUUGCAGCAGACUUUGAGUCAGAUGAUGGCAGAGACGCCACAAGGGUCUCACGAACAGAUCUUGCAAGUGGUGGUGCCUGGUGUGAACCUUCCUGUCAGUCAGCUGGCCUAUUUUUUCAUUGCUAUCUUGGUCAGUGGAGUCAUACAUGAGUUUGGCCAUGGGGUGGCAGCACUGAGGGAGCAGGUGAGGUUGAAUGGUUUUGGCGUGUUCAUGUUUGUGGUUUAUCCUGGAGCUUUUGUGGACCUCUUCACCACACAUCUGAACCUCAUCUCUCCAGUCCAGCAGCUCAGAAUAUUCUGUGCCGGUGUAUGGCACAACUUCAUGCUGUGUGUUGUGGCCCUCAGUUUCCUGUUCCUUCUGCCCAUCUUCCUAUUUCCGUUUUAUUACACUGGAGCAGGGGCGCUUGUCACUGAGGUGGUGGAGGGCUCUCCAUCAAGUGGACCUCGUGGGCUGUUUUCAGGAGAUCUGGUUACCCAGCUGGAGGACUGUACAGUUUGGGGAGUGCAGGACUGGCACAGCUGCGUUCAGCAUCUAUCCCAUAACCCUCAGAUGGGAUACUGCGUUCACACUGCCAAGCUGCAGCUCAGUUGGUCGACUGGAAGAGCGUUCAAGCGUCUCGAUGGCACUAUGGAGUGCUGUGGGAACAACAGCUUGACCGAUUUCUGCUUCUCUUAUAGUAAUAACGUGGAGAGCAAAUUGUUUACCUGCCUGCCGGUCAGAAAAACCAUUGAAGCGAGCCGUACAUGCCGUACCAACACAGACUGUCAAACAGACUUCACCCCAAGCUUGUGUUUAAUCCCAUCUCUGGAGAACCAGACCAGACUGAUUCGGGUCAAACACCCGCCGCAAACAGACAUGCUGUUUGUCGGCUACCCUUCACACCUACAGUAUUCAGUGAGUCUGACCAGCUUCGUUCCUCGCUUGGCCUUUCUUCAUCCAGACCUGCCUGUCAUGCUGGAGACCUUCUGCAAAUACCUGGUCUCAUUGUCGGGGGCCCUGGCGGUGGUAAACGCUGUCCCGUGUUUUGCGCUGGAUGGCCAGUGGAUGCUCACAGCGUUCCUAGAAGCCACACUGAGCUCUGUGAUCCCUGAGAGGAAUAACCGAGAGCUGAUUGGCUUCUUUUUUUUGCUGGGAGGCAGUGCCCUUCUAGCGGCCAAUGUGGCUCUGGGUCUAUGGAUGGUCACAGCACGAUAGCAUACAGCUUUCUCCUCCAAACUGACUGUUUGGGGGAAAUCGCUUACUGAAGAACCUUCUUGAACUGAUGGAGAAAACGACUGGGUGGUUUGACCUUUGCUGGUAAUUGCUAGGUUGGCCACCAUGAGAGGGCGGCCAGAGGGUUAAGAGUGCUGCUGUACUCAAGAAAACUCUUAAUCGAUGUGUUCUUAGGUUGCAAUGGCUUAGCUGGACACAAGCAGUAAAAUGAUCUUGAAGCUGCAUGCUUUUCCACAGUGACCUCAGGAUAGUGCCGAUAGUGCCCUCUUUGAUAAAUACCUGAUCACAUUCUGUCAAAAGUGUGUUUACUUCACCAUGUAAACCCUGAAGUGCCACUAGAUCAGGAAAUAGAUGGAGGACUUUGUGGGUGUUACUUGCCUGUUUGUCUUCGUGAAGUACAUAGACCCUCAUAGUAUGUGUAGUUUUGUGUUGUACUUCCUGUUCUUGAGUGUCUGUUCGUUCACUUUUCUGCACACCAGCUCAUCCCAAUUAUUUAAAAGUGUGCUACAUAAAUACAGCCAAUUAAAAGAGUUUAUUGACCCCUGCUGGGAAAUUUGGGAAGCAAGUUAAAAGUAUAGAACAGGUACACUCAGUAAUUUAUAUUAAGGCUUGAAAAAUAUGUUUAAAGUCAUGUACACUUGCAUGUAAUGAAGAAUUCAGUCACUGAAGCAAAACAAAGAAUGAUGUCAUGUUAAAAAGACCACACAACCAGACAAAUUUGCUUGUUAUCUAAUUAACAAGCCUAUAAUUGAACGAUUAUAACUCAAUUUUC